CCGAGAUUCUUCUCCCUCUCCGCCCCCAUCCUCGGCGAAAAACCGCUCCCUCCCCGCCUCAAGAUCGAAGAUGCCGAUCUAAUCAAAUCCUACCUCAAGGGCACCGGCCCGGGAGGCCAGAAAAUCAACAAAACCAACUCCGCCGUGCAGCUGAUCCACAAGCCCACCGGCGUGGUAAUCAAAUGUCAAGCGACGCGAUCCCGAUCCCAGAAUGAGAAGACCGCCCGGCAGCUUCUCGCGGAUAAGGUGGAGCAGCAUCUACACGGGGACCAAAGUCGGGCGGCCAUCAAGGUUGAGCGCGCAAGGAAGAAGAAGGCCAGUUCGAUGAAGAAGAGCCGGCGGAAGUACCGGGAGCUUGAAGAGGGUAAGGAAGUCGCGCGAGCUGACGAGGAAGAU